GGUGGAAGUAGGACCGUGGGAAACACUGGGUGUUUAUAGUCUGGGACUAACAGAGGCUGACAUACAACUGUGCGAAUUUCAAAGUAGGAGUAUCCAUCUAGAGUGGAACAAAUGAAGCGGAAUCGCGAUUUCAGUUCAUCCGACAGCGAAUUAGACGACAACGGUGAUGCAGACAGGGAAAGCGCGGAUGAGAAUGGAGACUUUUGCGCGUCCAGUAGAUCACUGUCACCAUCAACAACGAGUCAAGCAGAAGCGCGAAAGCGUCGUAGAGGGGUGCGUAAAUUCCGAGCCAUGGAGAUAAUCGAGAAGAGGCGACGAGACCGAAUCAACAGCAGUUUAUCGGAAUUACGACGUCUUCUGCCAAACGCACUUGAGAAACAGGGUUCUGCUAAACUGGAGAAGGCCGAGAUCCUACAGAUGACUGUGGAUCAUUUGAAGAUGCUCCAUGCAACAGGUGGCAAAGGCUAUUUCGAAGCCCAUGCUCUGGCCAUGGACUACCACUACUUAGGCUUCAGGGAGUGUCUUGCAGAGACAGCUCGCUUCCUGGGCACUAUGGAGGGCCUGGAUAGCAGAGACCUGUUCCGCAUCCGUUUGCUGUCCCAUCUCAGCAGCUAUGCCUCACAGCGGGAAGCCCAGUCCGGACCGGGGCCAUUUGCUUGGAGCCCCGGGUUCGGGAUGCUUCCCGUACCCCUCCGUCGCCGGCAGUGGCAGGCACAGGUAAAGACAGAAGCCCCCCAUCUCAUCAGCACCUCAUCAUCCUCAUCACCCUCCUCCUCCUCACGGGGCACCGGGUCAAGCGGCGCCACAGUGGUGGACUCGAGAGCGGUGGGAGUGGCUCGUAUGGUCUCCGCCCUCCCCCUCCCCCCGCUCUCCUCCCUCUCUGCUCUGCCGCUAUCGCUCAAGGCCUUUCCUCUGCUGGCCCCAGCCGUGCUGGGGCCCCUGGUCCCCGGGUCCUCAGGGAGGAAGCCUUACAGACCGUGGGGAGCGGAGGUAGGGGCAUUCUGACACACCCCGGGCCCUCGCUGUCAGCCGGUCACAGCUGCGCUGAGCUCACGGACAAAUGCACCGCAGACCUCGGCUUCCCUUUACUCUCCUGUCACUCAGUAUUCUGGACAGCGAGACGAAGACUUAGAACUGGGACUUUUGUUUUACUGCAUGGAGAGUGUCCCUGUAAAAAUUGAAAACUGGAAAUGCAGUCUGCUCAAACUUGGCAAAAGACUCUCUUUAGUCUGUAUUUUGGGGGAUUUGUACCUGAGAGAAGUGUGUGUGUGUGUGUGUGUGUGUGUGUGUGUGUGUGUGUGUGUGUGUGUGUGCGUGCGUGCAUGCAUGCGUGUAUCAGAUGCAUGUAAGAAAAUUUGUAUAAUGUUGAAAUAUUGACCACUUUUUUGAUAAAAGAAAGGGAGCUAACAAUAUUUGGGUGUGUACAUUUUUCAGACAACAUAAAGGAGCUCGAUAAAUGAACUAAAGCAACAUAUAUUCAUAGUAAUGCUGUACAUAAAGCUUCACUGGUCCUCAAAAAGCAAGUUUUAAUAAAGUCAGAGAUUUGUAUUAAA